UGAAGAGGCUAUGAACAGUUUUCCAUCACCGAUGAAUGUGUUGAAGCUGAAGGCGGUGCCGAACGAGAACCCUAAGGAGAAUGUGAAAAGGGAAACGGUGGAUCUCGGAAAUGGAAGCGACGUCGUAUACAUUCAGAGGCUAAUACCCUCCGAUCAGUCAUGGAAAUGGUUCCAGUAUCUCGACAAACACAUUCCAUGGACCAGACCCAACAUUCGCGUCUUCGGAAAAUCCUUCCUUCAGCCUCGAGAGACAUGUUAUGUUGCAACUCCAGGUUUGACUGAGUUGACUUACAGCGGGUAUCAGCCGCGUGCAUAUUCCUGGGAUGAUUAUCCACCACUUAAAGACAUGUUGGAGGCUGUCCAUAACGCUCUUCCUGGGAGUAGUUUUAAUAGCUUACUCUUAAAUAGGUACAAUGGUGGUAAUGACUAUGUUGGUUGGCAUUCUGAUGAUGAGAAGCUUUAUGGACCAACACCUGAAAUUGCGUCUCUAACUUUUGGAUGUGAACGUGACUUUGUUCUGAAGAAGAAGCCAUGUAAAAAAUCUGGUGAUGGAAGUGAUGAACCUGCCAGCAAGAGAUUAAAGAAGGGUAGCCAUGACGCUAAUCAGCAUACGUUUAGACUUAAGCAUGGUUCACUUUUGGUGAUGAGAGGCCAUACCCAAAGAGAUUGGAUUCACUCUGUGCCCAAGCGUGCAAAAGCUGAAGGCACGCGCAUUAACCUUACCUUUAGGCGGGUUUUUUGAUUGGCUUGUGGCCAGAGCAG